UUAAAAAUGACAAUAUUUGUCAACACCUUGAGCUCACAAACCCAAAAAUAUGGAACAGAACCAGCAAAAGCCACCCCACAUAGUCAUUGUUCCUGCUCUAGGAAUGGGCCACCUAAUCCCACUCGUUGAACUCGCCAAGCGACUCGUCCUUCACCACCAUUUCUCAGUUUCCUUCAUUGUUACCUCUGAUGGGUCACCCAUGAAAGCUCAAAAGGCCAUCCUUGAAGCCCUUCCUGAUGCCAUAUCUUCCAUCUUUCUUCCUCCUGUGAGCUUUGAUGACCUCCCCGAGGAUGAUCAAAUAGUGGCCCGGAUCUUACUCAGUCUGACUCGAUCCCUCCCUGCUCUACGAGACUCGUUCAAGGUCUUAGCUGAGUCAACUCAGCUGGUGGCCUUGGUGGUUGAUUUAUUUGGUACAGAAGCCAUUGAUGUUGCUAAAGAAUUUGGUGUUUCGCCGUACUUAUUUUUCUCUACAGCCGCUAUGACUUUGUCAUCGGCCUUUUAUUUACCAGAGUUCGAUGAAACGUCCUCUUGUGAUUUUAGAGACUUGACUGAACAAGUCAAAUUACCUGGGUGUAUGCCUCUCCAUGGGAGUGAUUUUCCAGAAAAUUUCCAUGAUAGAAAGAGUGAUGCGUACAAAAGGGUUCUUCACUGUAUCAAACAAUACCCUCUUGCUGCUGGAAUUAUGGUUAAUAGCUUCAUGGAUUUGGAGCCUGGUGCUUUGAAAGCUUUGAAUGAAGGAGGAGAAGGCAGGCCAUCUGUUUACUCAGUUGGACCGAUAAUUCAGUCUGGUUUAGACCAUGGGGUUGAUAAGUCAGAGUGUUUGAGUUGGUUGGAUAAACAACCAAAUGGGUCAGUGUUAUAUGUUUCAUUUGGUAGCGGUGGGGCACUUUCACAAGAGCAGCUAAAUGAAUUAGCCUUAGGACUUGAAAUGAGUGGGCAAAGAUUUCUUUGGGUUGUCAGAAGCCCACAUGAAACAUCGGCCAAUGCCAGUUUCUUUAGCGUUCAAAGCAUCGAGGACCCUUUAGAUUUUCUUCCCAAGGAGUUCUUGGAGAGGACCAAAGAGGUGGGUCUAGUGGUGCCCUCUUGGUCUCCUCAAAUUCAAGUCCUAAGCCAUGGCUCGACUGGAGGCUUCUUGACCCAUUGUGGGUGGAACUCAGUCCUAGAGAGCAUUGUGUAUGGCGUGCCAUUGAUUGCAUGGCCACUCUAUGCAGAUCAAAGGAUGAACGCUGUAUUACUAGCUGAUGGUUUGAAGGUUGCAUUAAGGGUCAAAGUGAAUGAUAAGGGCCUGGUGAGACAUAAAGAUAUUGCAAACUACACGAGAGGCAUAAUUGAAGGAGAAGAAGGGAUAUUGCUCCGGAACAAAAUGAAGGAGCUAAAGGAUGCAGCUGAAAAGGCAUUGAGCAAAGAUGGGUCAUCUUCAAAAUCAUUGGCUGAGGUGGCUCAGUUAUGGAAAAGACACCAAAAAUGAUGUGCUUAAUAGAAUUCAUUUCAAUGUAUUUCUUUUGUUUGUCAAAUGCCAAUACCUGUCUUUGCCACAGCUUCAAUCAAUCUGUAUUCAAGGCUUAAGAUGCCAAUACUUGUCAAUCCUGAAUCAGAGAGGGAUUCAUCAGUUUUAGGAUAAUAACUCUACUAUCUCAUUUUUCA